UGGGAGUUCUCUGACCCUCGGAGCGCUGGGCUUCCCGGAGUUCUGGACACCGGGACUAUAUUUCCCAGGAGCCACCGCGCCGAACAUAACCUAUCAACUUCCGGUGUCCUAGCUGAGCUAUGGUGGACAGUCAGAACUUUCUGGUAGGAGGAAGAAGUCUCUGGUUAGCGUAAUUCUCCACUGAGGCCACAGGGCUGAAGAAGAGGACCAGGCUUCAGUAACGAGAGGUCAGGGACGGAGUCUGAGGGAAGCUUCCCCUGAGGUCCAGACUGGAGCUUGGGGCGAGCGUUUGAGGCCGGAAGCGCCUCCGAGGGUCACCCAGGAGGGCAGCUGCUUGUGGAGUCCAUAACUUUCUCGGAGCUCUAGCCGUCGGGAGUGUUGUGGGAGUGAAGGAGAGCGCUCGCUCGGAUGCACAGCCUGGGAUCUCCUGCUUGCCCGGGCUCCCCGAGUCCGCCGUUAUUCAAAUGAGGGCCUGGAGAAGAAUGCGAACGUUACUGCUACACUUCUAAGAUUCGAGAGGGAGGAUCCUGAAGAAGGAUGGCCAGCUCUAGUUCUCAAGACAUGGUCUGUGGGUCAGUGACAUUUAGGGAUGUGGCUGUUGACUUCUCUCAGGAGGAGUGGGCCUGCCUGGAUGCUACUCAGAGGGUCUUAUACAGGGACAUGAUGUUGGAGACCUACAGCAACCUCGUCACAGUGGUGGGAAGUUCCGUUUCCAAACCCGAUCUGAUCGCCUUAUUAGAGCAGGAGAGAGAACCCUGGAUGGUUGUGAAGGAAGAAACAGACAGGCCCAGCCCAGAUUUGGAGUCAUGUUAUAACACUGAAAAUAUAUCUCCAGAAAAUCAUACUUAUGAUAUAAAUUUACCCACACAGAGCAUAAAGCAAUUAAGUAAAAAUUUUGACCUCCAGGGCUCCAGUUUUAGUAAUGGCCUCAAGUACAGUACAUUCAAGAGAUUACAGGGAUAUCAAGAUGGAGAUGCUGAUCAAAAGAUUAAUAACAAGGAAAAACUGCCUACUUACACCUGCCAGACUCUUACUCACAAUAUAGAAAAAGCAUAUGAAUGUAAUGAGUGUGGGAAAUACUUUGGUUGUCGUUCAAAUCUUAUUCAGCAUCUAAGUAUUCAUACUGGAGAGAAACCCUAUCAAUGUAAGGAAUGUGGGAAGACCUUCAGACUCCACCAACAACUUACAAGACAUCAGAAAUCUCACAGUGAUGAGAGACCUUUUGAAUGUGAUGAAUGUGGAAAGGCCUUUCAUCUUCCCAACCUGCUUAAGUACCAUAAAACCAUUCAUACAGGUACAAAACCAUUUGAAUGUGAGGAAUGUGGGAAGUCCUUUAAUCGUGUCUCGACUCUUUUUCAACAUAGGAUUAUUCAUGCUGGUGUGAAACCAUAUGAAUGUAACGUGUGUGGGAAAGCCUUUAAUCGUCGUUCAAACCUCAUGCAACAUCAGAAAAUUCAUUCUGGUGAGAGACCCUUUCAGUGUAAGGAAUGUGGAAAGGCCUUCACUGUUCUGGCACAGCUCACUCGGCACCAGAACAUUCACACUGGAGAGAAAUCAUUUGAAUGUGAGCAGUGUGGCAAGAUAUUCAGUAGUGGCUCAUACCUUGCAAGACACCAGAGUAUUCAUACUAGUGAGAAGCCCUUUGAAUGUAAUGUAUGUGGGAAGGCUUUUAGGCUUCACCUAUAUCUUUCUGAGCAUAAGAAAACUCACACUGAUGAGAAACCUUUCAAGUGCAAGUUGUGUGGGUCAGCCUUCAGACGAAAGUACCAACUUAGUGAGCAUCAGAGAAUCCAUACUGAUGUGAAACCCUAUCAGUGCAAUGAAUGUGGGAAAUCCUUCCGUCGCCGUUCGAAUUUUACUGAGCAUCAGAGUAUUCACACUGGAAAGAAACCGUUUGAAUGUAAGGAAUGUGGGAAAGUCUUUAGACUUAAUAUACAUCUCAUUCGACAUCAGAGAUUUCAUAGUGGUGAGAGACCUUUUGAAUGUAAAGAAUGUGGAAAGGCCUUUCAUUUUUCCAGCCAACUUAAUUACCAUAAAACCAUUCAUACAGGUCAAACACCUUUUGAAUGUGAGGAAUGUGGGAAGUCCUUCAAGCGUGUCUCCAGCCUUGUUGAACAUAGGAUUAUUCAUGCCGGUGUGAAACCAUAUGAAUGUAAUGAGUGUGGGAAAGCCUUUAAUCGUCGUUCAAACCUUAUGCAACAUCAGAAAAUUCAUUCUGGUGAGAGACCCUUUCAAUGCACAGAAUGUGGAAAGGCCUUCACUGUUCUGGCACAGCUCACUCGGCACCAGAGCAUUCAUACUGGAGAGAAAUCAUUUGAAUGUGAGCAGUGUGGGUCAGCCUUCAGACUUCAGUACCAACUUACUCAACAUCAGAGAAUUCAUACUGAUGUGAAACCUUUUCAGUGCAAGGAAUGUGGAAAGGGCUUUAUUCGCGGUACAGGCCUUAGAAUUCAUGAGAGAAUCCAUACUGGUGAGAAGCCCUUUCAAUGUAAGGAAUGUGGGGAAGCCUUUCAAUAUCAUUACCAAUUUCUUGGACAUUUUAGAAUUCAUACUGGCAAGAAUCCUUAUGAAUGUAAAGAAUGUGGGAAGUACUUUUCUCGUGGUGGAGAUCUUAAAGUACAUCAAAGAAUUCACACUGGUGAGAAACCUUACCAAUGUUAAGAAUGUGUGAAGUCCAUUAGUUGAAAAUCAGACUUGAUUUAACAUGCCAAUAUUCAUAUUAAUAAGCCUUCUGAUGUAAGGAAUGUGGAAAGGCCUUCAGUAAUUCUAAGCUAGCUAUGUAUUAGAGAAUUCAUAAUGGUAAGCAACCCUAUGAAUGUAAGAAAUGUGGGAAAAUGUUUAGAUUUAAUUCAGCCUUUACUGCACAGUGGUGAAUUUAUACUGGUAUGAAACUCUUAUCAGUGUAAAGAAUGUGGAAAGACAUUCAGUUUGAGCUCAGGCCUUCUUCAACUUAAAGGAAUCCAUGCUGGUGUGAAACGAUAUAAAUGCAAGGAAUAUGGGAACAUUUAUAGAAUUAGCUCAGCUCUUAAAGCUCAUCAGAGAGUCCUUAUAGGUCUGAAACCCUGUGAAUAUGAGGAAUGUGGGAAAACCUUUAUUGUAAAUGGUGAGCCUACACAACUAUCAGAAAAUCUAUCAUCAUCAGGAGUCCUAUGCAUGUAAA